CAAUCCAGCUGGGCGAUGGUGAAGUUGGGCCGCUUGACUGCGAGGCUGGGGCGCUGCCUGGGGUCGCAGCCCUCCGGGCCGGGCCCCGCUCUCCUUUGGAGGGGCACCUCCGGCGCGGCGCAGGCGGCGUCGGCCUCCCGCGGGAAGGAGGGGUUGAAGCGGCCGGAGGAGUUGCCGGGGCCGGGGCUGCUGAAGUCCAUCUACUGGCUCUUCUUGAGGGGCUACUUGCUGCACACGCACCGGCUGCAGGUCAUUUCCAAGAAGCUGUAUGGCCCCAUUUGGAAAUCCUGGUUUGGCUCUCAAAUUAAUAUUAACAUUGGCAGUCCUGAAAUCUUAGAGGAGCUGUUGCGGCAGGAAGGGAAGUAUCCCAUCCGGAGUGACAUGGCCCUCUGGAAGGAACACCGGGACAAGCGGCACCUGCCCUAUGGCCCCUUCACGGAGGAUGGGGAGCGCUGGCACCGCCUGCGGCAGGUGCUGAACAAGAGGAUGCUCAAACCUUCGGAGGCCGUGUUGUAUGCAGAUGCUAUCAAUGAGGUGGUGUCUGACCUGAUGGUGCAUCUGGAGAAUGAGAGGAAAAAGAGCCCUUCGGGAGUAAUGAUCCAAGAUAUGGCCAGUGUAUUAUACCGAUUCGCCUUGGAAGGCAUCUCAUACAUCCUCUUUGAGACCCGCAUUGGCUGCCUGGAGAAGCAGAUCCCUGCUGAGACGCAGCACUUUAUCGACGCUAUUGGCUUCAUGCUGAAGAACUCUAUUUUUGUCACCAUCCUACCCAAGUGGACCCGGGAUGUGCUGCCGUAUUGGAACCGUUACCUGCAGGGCUGGGACACUAUCUUUGCCUUCGGGAAAAAUCUGAUUGAUCAGAAGAUGGUGGAUUUAGAGAAACGUCUGGAACAGGGUGAGGAGGUCUCAGGCUACCUAACCUACCUACUGUCCAGCGGACGGAUUAGCCGUAAAGAGAUUUAUGGCAGCAUAGCGGAGCUGCUCCUGGCUGGUGUAGACACGACAUCCAAUACCCUUUCAUGGGCCAUGUACCAUCUGGCCAAAAACCUGGACAUCCAGGAAGCCUUAUACCAGGAAGUAACCAAGGUGGUACCCAACGACCAGAACCCUGAUGCAAAGGAUAUCGCCAAGAUGCCACUGCUUAAGGCAAUAAUCAAGGAGACUCUCAGGCUUUACCCCGUGAUCCCCACCAAUGCCCGAAUCAUUGCAGAGGAGGAUGUGGUUAUUGGAGGAUACAAGUUUCCAAAGGAUACCCUCUUUGUGUUGGCCCACUACGCUCUGUCACAUGACGAGACCAGCUUCCCCGAGCCGGAGCGCUUCCUGCCGCAUCGCUGGCUGCGAGAUCAGAGAGACUCGGCUCCCCACCCCUUCAGCUCCAUCCCCUUUGGCUAUGGGGUACGUGCCUGUGUGGGGCGCCGCAUUGCUGAGCUUGAGAUGCAUCUGGCACUUGCCAGGCUCAUCCGGAUAUUCUCAAUCAGGUCCGACCCGCAGUGCACGGAGGUGAAGCCCCUCGCCCGUAUUGUACUUGUGCCAGACCGGCCCAUUAACUUGCAGUUCCUUGACAGACGGACAGACAAUGCUUUAAGAGAACCUCCAACAUCAUGUUGAUAGAUUGCAAAGACUUUGAGCCCGACUCUUGGAUGUAAUUGCACCCUGGCUGGUCAGCUAGGGGAUCCUUCCGUACCCAGAUCACCGGGAGCCUCUGACAACAUUCGCAGCUUUACUGUCUUCUCCCCCGAGUCCUUGUGAGGCUGAGCAUCAUAUUCUGCUCCCACUUCAUGCCUGCAGUGUAUACACGGACACGGACGUGCAGGGCCUACUGCUUAGUUGUGCCCCUUAGAACCGGUUGACUCGCUGCUUCACCUCUUUCCCAUUCCUGGGCUCCCAUGGCAAAGAAAUUGUAGCAGUGCCGUAGUGGUGAUUAAAAUCCCUCCUUCCCCAACAAUGUCCCGUCUCCUGCUCUCUGCUUCUUUGAAGGAGCUAGACCUCUUGGUGCAUUUGCUUCUCCCAUGGAAUUGUACAUUAUUUUGAAAUGACGUUAAAAAUACAGAAACCCCCCCCCCAAAAAAGGACAUAUAUAACAAAAGAGCAAGAUAAUUAAAGAAAUAAAGAAGCUCA